AUAUGUUCAGACCCUAAGCUGCGGCCGUCACUCCUGACAGACAAAAUCAUGGACCCUGCGGUCAAGUACAUCAACAAGAAAUUCCCCAAUGUUGACUUCAGAGGAAACAACCAACAUCUCACCAGCAUCCAGAGACAGAAGGCUGAAGUCAUGUCAGCUGCUUCCAGUUAUUAUGAUUCCUUCCUGGAUGUCAUGGAAUUCAGGGACCACGUCUAUGAGUUACUCAACACACUGGAUGCCUGCCAGUGCUUCUUGGACAUAUCCAUCAACUUUGACCUAACCAAGAUCUACCUGGACCUGAUCGUCACCUACACCUCUGUCAUCAUCAUGCUCUCUCGCCUGGACGACAAGAAGGCGCUGGUGGGCAUGUACAACUGUGCCUAUGAGAUGACCAACGGCACUUGUGAUUCGUCCUACCCGCGGCUCAGCCAGAUGUUAAUAGAAUACGAGCAGCCUUGGAAGAAGCUCCAUGAAGACUUUGGACCUCAUACACGGCUGGUGACGUCAGCGGUGCUGUCUCUGCAGAUGGUGUACCCCCGCAGGAACCUGCCCGCCGACCAGUGGCGGCGGGCGCAGCUCCUCAGCCUGCUCAGCGCCCCAGCCAACAUGCUGGACCCUGCCCGCUGCGACACUGUGGCGUGUGAAUACCUUUCAAUGGAGGUAAUGGAACGCUGGAUCAUCAUCAGCUUCCUGCUGUGCCCCAGCAGCGUGAACUCCCACCCGCCCUCCCUGGAGCUGUGGAAGGCGGCCCUGCGGAGCGGCCUGUACCUCACGCUCACCCGGGACGAGGCGCUCAACAUCCACAAGGUCUCGGAGGAGGUCUUCGACAGCCAUAAAGGGUAUGGAAAACGAAUCGCAGACAUCAAGGAAUGCAGGGAGCAUGCCAUUCAAAACAAUGGAGCCCUGCACAGGGAGAGGAGAGGGUUCCUUCGUGGGGCGUUGAAAGAGUUAUUCAAUGUCCUGGAGGAUGAACCAGGACUGCUCGGACCAAAGGCCCUGUAUGUCUUCAUGGCGCUGGCGUUUACCCGUGACGAGGUUCUUUGGCUCGUAAGACACUCUGAGAAUAUACCCAAGACCAAGACUCCCGAAGACUACGUUGACAACAAGAUGGCAGAGCUGCUGUUCUACAUGGUGAAGCUCAAAGCUCUGGUGGUCAAACACAGCUAUGUCAUACAACGCUACCACGUCCAGUACCUGGCCCAGUUUGAUGCCCUGGUACUCAAUGACACCAUACAGAACAUGUAUGUCUGCCCCGAGGAGGAGUCAAUCCUGACCAGUUCAUUUGUCUCCACUCUGUCUGCCCUCUCCAUCAAACAAGUGCAAAACAAAGAGAAAUUCGACUUCAGAGCGCUUCGACUGGAUUGGCUGAGAUUACAGGCCUACUGCAGCGUGAACAAGGCCCCCCUGCCGUUAAAGGAAUACCCAGACCUAGCCAAGGUGAUGAACACCAUCCAGUUCCACACCAGGCUGGUGGACAACAUGGAGGACCUGCUGCUGGAGACCUCCGAGCUCUCUGUACUCUGUUUCUACCCCCGGGUGUUCGAGAAGAUGUUCCAACAGAGCAGCGAGGAGCCCAGCGUGAAGAGAUACAUCAUGGCCUUUCCAUACAUCUGUUCUGACUUCAUCUGCUGUGCGCAUCCACUCUGUCCAGAAGAGAUGGAAGGCAUUCAGAGCAAAAGCAUGCGUCUGUGUGUGAGCUCCAUGCAGCAAAUAGCAAAGCUGACUGCCAAUGUUGUCCUGGACAUAUGUGCUGAGCAAUGCAACCUCAACGACCAGUUGCUGCCUAAAAACAGUGCGAAGACCAUCAGCACAGCCCGUAAUAAGAAGCUGAAGAAGCCCGUGCCUAAGAAAGGAGAGGUGGAGAUGGAGAAGCCAGGGGCGGAGAGCGUCCGGAAGGACCGCGCCGUGGUCACCAACAUGGACAAGAUGCAUCUGACCCUGACGGAGCUGUGCUCGUCGUACGAUCUCUGCAGUGACUUCAUCGUCUCCGACCACAUCAUCAAUCCCGCAGAGUUCCUCCUCUCUCAUCUGGAAACACGACUCUCUGAGAUCAUUGUGAAAAUGGCCAACAACAGCCCGCCCAGCCAGGAGAUCACCCGGCCCUCCGACCUGCUGGCGGCGGUGCGCUCCUACUCGGCCAGCCUGCACACCAUUUCCGGCUACAUUAACCUGGACGUCUCCAGGCUGGUGAAGAGCAUCCUGCUGCAGCAGACCCAGCCUCUGGACUCCCAGGGCAGCAAGACCAUCACCAGCCUCUACACCAACUGGUACCUGGAGAGCCUUUUGCGACAUGCCAGCGGUUCCCUCAUCGCCCACUCUCCCACAAUGCAGUGCUUCAUCAACCAACCCUCUGACAGUGACCUGAGCUUCAGGGCCGACGAGUUCUCAGACAUCUCAGAGCUCCAGUCCCUGGCUCAGCUGAUUGGACCCUAUGGUCUCAAGUACCUGAGUGAAAACCUCAUGUGGCACAUCACCUCCCAAGUCAGUGAGCUGAAGAAACUGGUGGUGGAGAACAUGGACGUCCUGGUCCAGAUGAGGAACCACUUCGACCACCCAGAGGACAUGGCCAAUCUCAAAAACAAACUAACAGGCGGGGAGAAUGUCCUAAAGAGGAUGACCAUCAUAGGGGUCAUCCUGUCCUUCAAAGCAAUGGCACAAGACUGCCUGAAUGACGUCCUGCAUAAGCACUGUCCUUAUCUCAUGGGCCCCAUUGGGUCCCUGAGGGACUUUGUCUCCCCCGAGACCGACACAAAGGUGACUCUGAAUGUGUUUGAGUUGGCCUCAGCCGCCGGGUUCUCCUGUGAUAUUGACCCCGCUCUUGUCUCGGCUAUUGCCAGUAUGCGCACAGAUAAGACCUCGGUGGAUGAGGAGUAUAAGCUGACCUGUCUGCUGCUGGUCUACAUCGCUGUGUCCCUGCCUUCCCUGGCCUUGGACCCCAACUCUUUGUACAAUAAAGCAAAUGGCGGUCACAACAACAACAUCCACUGUUUGGCCGUGGCUGUCAACCAGCUAGCUGCCUCCAUGUUCACUAUCCAGGGCAAGGACAUAGAGCAGCAGCUCGAAGAGUUCCUUUUGCUGGCUUCUUCCACCCUGCUUCAGCUGGGACAAACUGUUGAACGAGUCGAGAGCAAAAACCGUGACUCCGUCUAUCUGCUCCUACACAUGAUAGUGGAGCAGUCUCCCUUCCUGAGCCAGGACACGCUGGAGGGAUGCUUCCCAUACGUUCUGCUCCGUAACGCCUACAGAUCGGUCUACAAGUCCUGCAUCGUCACCCUGGGCUGAAGGGCCUCCGUCGGAGACCAGGAAAGAGCUUUUGCUGAACAUGUAACGCUUUUUUGCUUUCAGAUAUUUGCUUACAAAGGGAAAGUCCCGUUUUGAUGUUGCAUAACGCCGAGGUGUUUUACACAGGGCACAACUGUCAAUACAGUCGUGGGAACAGCAUGCCCAAAAGGUGGAUGCCAUCGGUUUAUUUUAAAGAUUUAUUUUUUUAAUUCUUAUGCUUUAUAAAUAGUGAGAUAUAGAGGAAGGUAUGGGAGAUGGAGGAGAGGACAUGCAGCAAAUGACUGCGGGAACCCGGGUCACUGCGUUUAGGACUGAGUCUUUAUGGUACACUCUCUACCCGGUGAGCCACUGGGGCACCCUUCGAUUGGUUUAUUUAACUACUCUCUUUCUAAAUCUUCAAACCGCCAUCAACGUGCUUUGUCAACAUCUCCGUUUGGUGUUAUAUUUUAUUUGAAAUAAAAAAGUCUGCUUCUUCAA